AUGGACGAAGGAGAACAAAUUGAUGCGAUCUAUACGGAUUUAGAAAAAGCUUUCGAUCGAGUUGAUCAUGUCAUUCUCCUACAUAAGCUAUUAGCGCUAGGAAUCCGUGGGGAUAUAUGGAUCAAAUCCUAUGUAACUAAUAGAAGGCAGGCGGUAGUAACGGGUGGACAUAGGAGCACAUUUAUUAAUGUGACAUCUGGUGUACCUCAAGGGUCUAUACUGGGUCCGUUGUUGUUCAAUGCUUAUCUUUAUGAUAUAAAGAGUUGUUUCAAGUAUUCAGAAUAUCUUACGUUUGCAGAUGACAAAAAAUAUUUCUAA